AUGACUGAUUCCAUCCUACGAUUUUUUAUUGAAAAAGCUUCCACCAUUCUGGCUCGAGAGAGAUUGGCGGGUCUCCAAUCUACUGUUAAUGAAAGUGGCGGCCGACUUACAAAAACAAACAGUGGUGGGACCCAUAAAACUCUCAGGACUUCUGGAAUUUAUUCUUCCUUUGAUAUUCUCUACUCCUUAUCGUCAAAGACAACACUCUCGCAGAAACAAUCAUUUUCGUUCAAUAGCUACCGGAGAAAAUCUAGCUCCCAAGAAAAUAUAUCCUACGAAACAGUCUCUCCUCUCAGAACUUAUCAGUUUUGCAAUUUUGUUACUGGAGCCAACAGUCAAAGAGCUUUGGAGGCCAGCAAUAAACCUCGAUACCAUACAAGAAGAAAAAGUGAAAAUGAUGACAAAUGGCCUUAUGACGAAUUUCGAUUCGAUUCGCCUCCAUCGGCUACACUGCCCAGUGCCGUUUGUUCCCCAAAUGAAAUUCCAAUUAUUCGAAAAAAACCGCUGAGCGUAAAUAUUGAUAUUCAGUCCAUCUCAUUGUCACCUCCCGGAUCAAGAACUGACGCUCUGUAUCUAAGAGGCUGUCCAUCUCUUUCGUCCAGCAAGGACGUAAGUUUAUUAGAUUUAGAUGACAUUAAGAAAUUAAGAUACAUUGAAAACAGAGAAAGCCAAGAAGAUGAAGCUGAGUAUGAGGCCGGUGGUUAUAUGCCCAUCAAUACAGGCGAUGUCUUAAAAAACCAGUAUAAAGUAUGCAGGAAACUUGGUUGGGGACAUUUCUCUACUGUAUGGUUAUGUAAAAAUUCAUAUAAAAAUGGUCCUAAAUACGUGGCGUUAAAAAUAUGUAAAUCUGCCCCAAUGUUUACGGCGGUGGCAAAUGAUGAAAUACGGCUUCUCCAGGAAACUCGAACAGUGAAUCCUAACCAUGUGGGCUAUAAAAACAUAGUCCAAAUGGUAGAUACGUUCAAGUUAAUUAGCGAAAAUGGGGUGCACAAUGCAAUUUCCUUAGAAAUAAUGGGACCAAGCUUACUACAUCUUCUUAUGCAAAGUGACUUUCGGGGAAUACAAGUGGCUGCUGUUCGUAGAAUAAUUUUCCAGGUGCUACGAGGCUUAACGUACCUUCACGAAGAAUGCCACAUCAUUCAUACGGAUAUAAAGCCUGAAAAUAUUUUAAUAAAAGUCGACGAAAACUACAUAAAAAAAUUGAUUGGUCAAAUGGAGCGCUUUUCGGAAAUGGGAGUGGACUUGCCACGUUCUUAUGUCAGUUCAGAGUUUUGGACGAAACAGGAAAGCAGCCUCCACGACUCAGAAGAGGACAUAAUUCCCCGUUUCGGCGAACAUAGAGCGUCUUCGUAUCCAGGAAACAUGUACUUCAGUGAAAUGACGAAUUACAGAGAACGUCAUAGUCAAACAGAUUUCAGCACCCCCAUGUGGGUUAGUCCUAAUAUUGAAAUAAAAAUUGCCGACCUGGGCAAUGCUUGCUGGGUGGAUCAUCAUUUCUCACCAGAAAUUCAGACCAGGCAAUAUCGAGCACUGGAAGUCAUAUUGGGAGCUGGUUAUAGUUAUCCAGCGGAUUUAUGGUCCAUUGGAUGUUUAGCAUUUGAGUUGGCUACCGGAGAAAUGCUGUUCAGUCCCAAAGGAUCCAGUGAACAUUCGGCAAAUAUUGAUCAUCUUUGCUUAAUUUGGGAGACACUAGGAGGCAUUCCAAAAUAUAUUACUGAGACUGGUACCGAGUUUAAAAAGUACUUUGCGAAUGGGCACUUAAAAGACGUACCAGCUGAUAAUCUGAGAAUCUGGAAGAUUGAGGACGUGUUAGUAGAAAAAUAUAAAUGGAAACGGCUAGAUGCCAUUCCCUUUGCCAGUUUUCUGUCAAGUCUAGUAGAACCAGACCCUGCCCUUCGAGCUACCUCAAGCCAAGCGCUUAACAACGAAUGGUUACUGUCAACGGACAUUUAAAAUAUUAUCUAAUUGUAGUCGAGUUUUGGAUACGUACUUUCAAACCUGCAAUCAUCAUAUAAACGUGGCCAUUUUCCCUAUAGCAUAAUUCGUAUAAUACAUGUACUUGUAAAAUUGAAUCUUUUUACAUGUCUGUGUUUGGAAUACUUAAUUAAACGUUUAACAAGAG